AUGCUCAACCUUUCGUUGAUCAGUAUUUUGAUCGGUUUGGUGCUUUCAAAUAAAGAUGAAAGCAUUUCACCUGUUCGAAUCGCUGAUUUUAUCAUGCAAAAUUUGAUCAACACAACCUACGAUUACCGUGUUCGACCGUAUGUCGUUGAUUUAAACGAAGAGAGAAAGCCAGUUGAAGUGACAGUCAAUGUUUACUUGAGAAGCAUUUCGAAUAUUGAUUUUGUGAAUAUGCAAUACAGUCUUCAAAUCACUUUCCGUGAGAGUUGGAUUGAUCCUCGUCUCUCAUAUGAAUAUAUGAAAUCAUCAGAGCGAGAAGAACUUCCCGAUUAUAUUGUCCUUUCAAGAUUAUCAAAUACAGAAAUGAUCUGGAUGCCUGACACAUUCUUUGUUAAUGAAAAACAAGCUCAUCGACAUGUAAUCGAUGCUCCGAAUAUGCUUAUUCGAGUGCAUAGGGAUGGUCGAGUGUUAUUCAGUGAACGGAUCUCUCUUGUCCUUUCCUGUCCAAUGUACCUUGAGAAAUAUCCAAUGGAUAUACAAACUUGUCUCAUGGAUUUCGCUUCAUACGCCUACACAACCGAUGAUUUGGUCUAUCACUGGAAAACGGAAAAUCCCAUUCAAUUUCACGUUGCUUUGAAAAGCUCACUUCCGUCAUUUUCUUUGGAAAACGUUGAGACAGCGUCUUGUUCAUCAAAAACGAAUACGGGAGAAUAUAGCUGUUUGAGAACAAUUUUCAAAUUAGAAAGGCAAUUCAGUUAUUAUCUCCUUCAAGUAUACAUUCCAUCAACACUUUUGGUCAUCGUUUCGUGGGUUUCCUUUUGGUUGGAUAGAGGUGCUGUGCCAGCUAGAGUAACUCUUGGAGUGACAACUCUUCUCUCGAUGACAACACAAGCUGGUGCAAUCAAUCAGAAACUUCCGCCUGUUUCAUACAUCAAGGCUAUCGAUAUCUGGACGGCCGUCUGUCUUUCAUUCAUUUUUGGAGCUGUAUUGGAGUAUGCUUAUGUCUCGUAUUUGGGCUCGAUUCUUCAAAUUAAGAAAGUGAGUAAACAAAAAGGCUGUGAAAAACAUUCAUCAACAUAUCCACCAGAUAUUACUCAAAAUGCUCUCACACCAGAAUCUGAAGCCUUAAUAGUUGAGAAAAGCAAACGAAAACCCAUUUGGGGUUUGCAAAAGAUUUGGUAUGAGAUGCAAUAUGAAGCUGAUUCGGCGAAAAUGAUUGAUAUUUGGUCAAGGUUUUUAUUCCCAUCUGCUUUCACGAUCUUCAACGUGUUCUAUUGGGUCUGGUACGCACUGAUU